CUCACUAGGAUGGUGCAGAUGUAAUCUUAUUAUACUAUUUUAUUUUCUUUUUCAUGGCAACACUAGAUAUCGGGUCAUCAAAAAUGGCAGACGCACCGAUCGACUGUGAAUUCCCUGUUUGGGGAUUAUUGCCAAAAAAAGAGACGGGAGUUGUCUCGUUUUUGAACAAAAAUCCUCUCUACGAUGGCCGAGACACUGUUAUUGCAAUUUUUGAUUCAGGUGUCGACCCGGCAGCGUCUGGUCUUCAGGUGACGAGCACGGGUGAGACGAAAGUUAUUGAGAGGUUUGACUGCAGUGGCUGCGGUGAUGUGGACACUAGUACGGUUAUACGUAAAGUUGUUGAUGGAUGUAUUACCGGCCUUACGGGGCGCAAAUUGAAGAUUCCAGAUUCAUGGAAGAACCCAUUGGGUGAAUGGAGGGUGGGUGUUCUUUACCCAUUCAGCUUGUAUCCGUCUAAGCUAAAGGAGCGCAUUCAGGAGCAUAGGAAAGAGCACUUGUGGGAUGUUGGACACAAGCCAGCUUAUGCCGAAUCGAAUAAGCAGCUGCAGGAUUUUGAAAGUGAUGUUGUAUCAAAGAAUCCAACCCUCAGCCCGGAAGAUAAGCUGCUCAAGGAGGAGUUGGAGACCAGGGUGGAAGUGUUACAAACAGCUGAGAAGAAAUAUUCUGACCUUGGACCUACUUAUGACUGUGUGUUGUUCCAUGAUGGGACUUCUUGGAGAGCAUGCAUAGACACGUCAGAAAGUGGAGACUUGGCCUCCGGUCCGUGCCUUGGCGAGUACAGCAUUACUCACGAGCACUCGCACCUGACGGAGCUGGACGAGAUGACGGUCUCCAUCAAUGUUCACGACGAGGGACGCACGCUCGAGGUCGUUGCUAUGUGCUCUACCCACGGCACUCACGUAGCGGCCAUCGCAGCAGGUUACUUCCCCGACGAGCCAGACAAGAAUGGAGUCGCUCCCGGAGCCAAAAUUAUCUCCCUAACCAUUGGAGACAGUAGACUGGUCUCUAUGGAAACUGGCACAGCGCUGGUCAGAGCGUGUAUUAAAGUUAUGGAGCUUAGUAAAAAGAUGAAGAUUGACGUAAUUAAUAUGAGCUAUGGAGAGCAUGCUCAUUGGUGUAAUACAGGGCGGGUGGGCGACAUAAUCUGCGAGGUGGUGAACCGCUACGGCGUGUCGUGGGUGGUGUCGGCCGGCAACCACGGCCCGGCGCUCUGCACCGUCGGCGCGCCGCCGGACAUCGCGCAGCCCGUGCUCAUUGGUAAACAGCACUCAUUAUGUUAGGGAUGAAUCUCAGUGCACAUUCUAUACAAACUUUAGACAGACAAGACAUAGACAUAGAACAUUUUUAUUCAACAUCACAUGAAAUGGCUGAGUUAACAGACAGUGUAACAUAUUUAUUAUAGAUAAACCUUAGAUUUAGACUUAAAAACUAAGAAAUUGAGUUGCACAUCCCAGGCAGAAAUAUUCGUGAGUGUUAAAUAGAAGCUUGCCUCAGCAUAAUGUUUCUGUAUUUACUACAACUGGUUUUCAGACAGACCUUUGAUAUAU